GAGGGACAGGGGCCACGUGUCACCCCAGGGUGGUGGCUGCGUGUCCCCCGCACUGAGACCCUGUCCCCAUCCUGCAGCAUCGUGCACCUCUGUCUGCGCAAGGCCGACCAGAAGCUGGUGAUCCUGAAGCAGAUCCCGGUGGAGCAGAUGAGCAAGGAUGAGCGGCUGGCGGCGCAGAACGAGUGCCAGGGUCAUCGAGUNCUCAGCCACCCCAACGUCAUCGAGUACUACGAGAACUUCCUGGAGGACAAGGCGCUCAUGAUCGCCAUGGAGUACGCCCCAGGGGGCACAUUAGCAGAGUUUAUUCAUAAGCGCUGCAACUCCUUGCUGGAUGAGGACACCAUCCUGCACUUCUUCGUGCAGAUCCUUCUGGCUCUCCACCACGUGCACACUAAGCAGAUCCUGCACCGUGACCUGAAGACUCAGAACAUCCUCUUGGACAAGCACCGCAUGAUUGUCAAGAUCGGAGACUUUGGUAUCUCCAAAAUCUUGAGCAGCAAGAGCAAAGCCUACACGGUUGUGGGAACCCCGUGCUACAUCUCCCCAGAGCUCUGUGAAGGGAAGCCUUACAACCAGAAGAGUGAUAUCUGGGCUUUGGGCUGUGUGCUGUAUGAACUCGCCAGCCUCAAGAGGGCUUUCGAAGCUGCGAAUCUUCCUGCCUUGGUACUGAAGAUCAUGAGUGGAACGUUUGCCCCAAUAUCAGACAGAUACAGCCCCGACCUGCGCCAGCUCAUCCUUAGCAUGCUGAACCUGGAUCCUUCCAAGCGGCCCCAGCUGAAUGAGAUCAUGGCCCAGGCCAUCUGCAUUCGGCCCCUUCUGAACCUCUACACUGAUGUGGGCAGUGUCAAAAUGAGAAGGCCUGAAAAACCCUUGGCUCCAGUGCCAGCGGUGACCCACAGCCGGACGGGGGGACGAGUGAGCAGUGCCAGGCCGAGGGGUGUUCGAGGAGGCUCAGCUAGGACAGGAAUCCCUCCUCCUCUGUCAUCCAUCUACACGUGGGGGAGCGGGAUCACCACCCCCCUGCGCCUGCCCAUGCUUAACACUGAGGUGGUGCAGGUGUCUGCAGGCAGGACACAGAAGGCCGGGGUCACCAAAUCAGGGAGGCUCAUCAUGUGGGAGGCUCCCCCGAUGGGUGCUGCAGGAGGCCCUUCCCUCCCUGGAGCCACCGAGCAGCUUCAGCCUCAGUUUGUGUCCCGCUUUCUGGAGGGUCAGUCUGGUGUGACCAUCAAACACGUGUCCUGUGGUGAUCUCUUCACAGCCUGCCUCACAGACAGGGGGAUAAUCAUGACCUUCGGCAGCGGCAGCAAUGGCUGUUUGGGGCACGGAAACUUCACGGAUGUGAGCCAGGAACGGGAAGUGUUUGCCUGGGGCCGGGGGGAUAAUGGUAGGCUCGGGCUGGGUACCCUGGAGUGCCACAACUCCCCCCAGCAGGUCACGGUCCCACCGGAGCAUGAGGCCCUGAGAGUCAUCUGUGGCAUCGAUUCCUCCAUGGUCCUCACAGUGAAGAACCAGAUUCUUGCCUGUGGGAGCAACAGGUGUAACAAACUGGGCCUAGAUCGGAUCAGCUCAGCAGAGGAGCCUUCCCCAGAGGACCAAGUGGAAGAGGCCACCGUGUUCACGUGUGCCCAGUCGGUCCCCUUGAACCAAGAGCCAAUCGUGUGUGCUGACAUUGGUACAGCACACUCAGCUGCAGUCACAGCUUCUGGCCAGUGUUACACCUUUGGGAGUAACCAGCACGGGCAGCUGGGUACCAACUCCUGCCGCAACAGCCGUGUACCCCACCUUGUUGUGGGGCUCCAGGCGAUGAAGGUCACUGUGGUGGCUUGUGGGGAUGCCUUCACUGUGGCCAUUGGUGCAGAUGGUGAGGUGUGCACAUGGGGGAAAGGAGCCAGGGGACGCCUGGGCAGGAAGGAUGAGGAAACGGGAACGCCAAGGCCGGUGCAGCUGGAGGAGACACAUCCCUACCUGGUGACCUCUGUAGCCUGCUGUCACGGGAACACACUGCUGGCAGUAAAGCCUGCUGUGGAAGAGUCGCCUUCCCAGUGA